UCGGACUAUUAUAAGGCCCAUUGGGCUUCUCUAACCACCGCACCUUAAGGCAGAAGAUUUUGAUUGCAAGGUCUCCAUAGAUGCCUGCUCACAGAAGAAGAAGCAGCAGCAGCAGAGACCCUUUUGCAAAGUUGGGGUCUUUGAUUCAAAAGUCACAAAUUUUCAAGUGUGAAACAACAAUUUCAAGCUGUUAGAUGGAGGUCAUUUUCUUACACAACAUGAAUUUUCGAGUGAGAGCCUCGAGUGUAUGAACCAUGUUUGUCAUCUUCAAGUGAUGGAUGGUUUCUGCAGGGAACGUGGAUUUUAGGAACCCGAAAAGAUUGAAAGGGUAGGAAGAAGAGAAAAUGGGUACCAAGUCGUCGUUGUUCAAAUGGCCCAAGCAAAUAACUCCAUCCCUUGUUGAGCAACUGAUUCGCGCAGAAAAGGACUUGCAGAAAGCGAUAACCAUAUUUGAUUCGGCAACAGCUGAGUACAGCAACGGCUUUAAGCAUGAUAAUACUUCUUUCGGUCUCAUGAUUUCCAGAUUAUUAUCUGCUAACCACUUCAGACCUGCCGAGGAAAUGCUCUCGAGAAUGAAGAAUGAGAAGUGCGCUAUUAGCGAAGCUGUUUUUCUUGGUAUAUUCCGAGCCUAUGGUCGCGUUCACAAGCCGCUUGAGGUCAUAAGGGUUUUUGAAAUGAUGAAGAAGGAUUAUGAUUGUGAGCCAACUGAAAAGUCAUACAUUACGGUAUUUGCUAUUCUUGUUAAUGAAAACCGCUUAAAAACAGCAAUAAGGUUUUACAGGUAUAUGAAGAAGAUGAACGUGCCUCCCUCUGUUGCAUCGCUUAAUAUACUGAUUAAAGCCCUCUGCAAAAACAGCUCAACAAUUGAAGCUGCUCUAAACAUUUUCCUUGAGAUGCCAAAACAUGGAUUUAUUCCAGAUUCUUACACAUAUGGUACUCUGAUCAAUGGGUUUUGUCAGUUGGGGAAGAUUGGGGAAGCGAAAGAACUGUUUGCUGAGAUGACUCAUGAUAGUAAUUGUUCUCCCAGUGUCAUUACAUACACGUGUCUAAUACGUGGCUUAUGCCGUUCAAAUAGCUUGGAUGAAGCCAUGUCGUUACUUGUAGAGAUGAAAAGCAAAGGUAUUGAACCAAAUGUCUUCACUUACAGUUGCCUCAUGGAUGGUUUAUGUAAAUAUGGACGUUCUUCCGAUGCUUUAAAGCUCCUUGAGAUGAUGACUUCUGAAAACAGGGCCCCAAACAUGAUCAUUUACAGUACUCUGAUACAUGGUCUAUGUAGCGAAGCUAAUCUUAGUGAAGCAUUGCAGAUUUUUGAUCGGAUGAAGCUUCAGGGAUUGAAACCUGAUGCUGGUUUGUACUGGAAAAUCAUCAAUGUGUUUUGUGAUGUUGGCAAGUUCUCAAUUGCUGCAAACUUUCUGGAUGAAAUGGUUCUAGGAGGAAUUGUACCGAAUAGAGUAACAAACGGAGUCCAUAUCAAGAUUCAUAACACGGUUGUCCUUGGCCUCUGUGAGAGCGAUCUGAAUCGAGCUUUUCAGUUAUAUUUAAGCAUGCGUUCUAGAAAAAUUUCAGUUGAGGCCACAACAUUUGGGUCUCUCAUUGACUCUUUUUGUGUUAGAAAAGACGUACAGAAAGCUGCUCAAAUUCUUAAUGACAUGCUUUGUGAUGGAUAUAUCCCCGAAGAGGGAACUUGGAGCAUUGUUUUGCCUGCAUUUUGGGAUAAGCAAAAGGUGCAGGAUGCUACUAACUUGGUGGAGGCUCAAGUGUUUGCAUGAGUUUGGUUAUGACCACUUCACCUUCUAAUUUCCAGACAUCUAAGAGUUCAUUCAACACCUGAUUUGGUUAGUCUCAUCAACAUUUGCUCUUCAUGUGGCAUUAUUAAACUAGAAUAAAGUAAAAGUAUUUGUGAUCUUAGUACAGAUUGAAAUAGAGAAAAUUUAAAGGCUAGCUUUGAUGUAUUUAAAUUUAAUGGUGAUACGGUAAACUUAAAAACUAUUCAUCAGCUUUUAGUCUCAAAAAUUCACCUUUUGCUGAGAGUGUCUGUUUUUCACAUACUGAUGGUUAUGAUUAGUCUGGUAUAAACUUAUAAAUUUUUAUUUUUUGUUCGAUUUUACAAGUUAACCCCCCAGACCCAACCCAGUUGGGAAUAUACUGGAUAUGUUGUUGUUGUUCGAUUUUACAAGUUGCUGCUGUGUUCUUCUGUCUUUAUCUUAGAAGAGAAGGUGAUGGCAUUGCCAUUAUAAUAGCUGCAUAGCUUGUUCAUAUGGAAUCCAGUACAAGGCAACUGUUUUGCUUUCACUAGUGGUUUGCAUUGUUUUACCGUUCUAGCGAUGAGCAUUCAGUGAUUUCCUAAUUAAUUUUGAUCAUUUAUGUCAUGCUCUGGUUUCUUCUACCCUCUAACAGGAUCGCAUUUGCAAGUAGCAUUCAAGGACGUUUACUGCCUGUAUUUUAGGCUGGUAGAUGACAUUUCAAAUGGAUUUCCUUUUGUUUUGCUUUAGCUACUGAAGGAAGAUACAAACAUAUGUUACAAAAGGUACCUUAUAUAGCAUUCUAUUGUGACUCACAUCACAUCUCAUCUUAGGAUUCAAUCUACAAAUCAUGUUUUUAAUUUGCAGUGAGGGGGAAGCCAAUUCCAUGGCGUUUGGUGGGAAAAGCGACGAACAACAUGCUGGAAAUUACUCCAAUUCCCACUGGUACGGCAGUGAGUAUCUCUCUCGUCUCAUCUGAUGGCAACGGAUAGAAACACUUAACCACAUCUUGAUCGAACAAUGUGAUUGCCGCAAAUACCAGUAUUGACAUGAAGGCGUGCACAAAAUCAAUGGAUUUGAGCCUGUACUGCGCGGCGAUUGCAGGCGGUAUAGUUGUUGAUCCAUCAAUGAUCCACAAACCAUGUGGCGUGGCAAAACCGUAGCAUAAGUUGCCCUUUUCGUCCUUAAAGCUAUCUGUGAAGCUCAAAAUAAAACACGACAAUCCACAGAGGGCUAUGAGGAUAGAAGUUAAUGAUCUGCCAACUGGGUCGCACUCCCCUUGGUUCGUGAAUAUGGGUGACAGGAGUUGGAAAGCGAGUACUGAUCCAGUGGGUAAAAGAUUAGCAAGGUGGGCUGUACUUUCAAAUGUCUGACUUAUGGCUUUCUGGACUAGUGUUUUUUCUACUUCUGGUACAACCAGGAGGGGUGCCCUUUCUUCGGCUAGCUCAUCAGUUGACCACUCAUUUUCUGCGUUGAUCUCCAUGUAAAAGCUAAGCUUUUCAACCUUCAAUGUCUUAAGUAUUUUGGUUCUUUGGGCAUACAGCGGUAACCGAUCAUGAAUUUAUAUAGAUGCAAAGAAAGGACUGAUGUGCGUUAAGUGGAGGAAGAAGGGGAGUAAAGCAAUGCCUUGCAAGGAACAUAAUGAUAUAAUUGGCAACUUUAUCUUAAAUCCUGGGAUGGUAGUUUUGUUUUGCUUUCAUGCCUGGGAUGACAACGAAAGUCAUGAAGGAGUUCAAUAAAAAGUGGCUUUUUGGUGUUUCAUGCAAGCGAAAAAGGCCUCGAUCCCUGCUAUAGACUGCUAUUUGGUUGGGGCAAAUUGUAAGCAUCAAAGACCCAUCACAUGUUUUUUAAUACAAUUUUUCUGUUGCUUCUUUUCUUAUCUUUUUCCAGGUCAGUUAGGAUUCCUACUAGUGAUUUCCCUCAUCCAGGGGAAAAGCAAUAUAUGGAAAGUGUCCUAUGUUGCUUUUGUAAAGAGCAUUCCGAUUUUGCAAGGCUCGUCACAUUUGCAGACAAUAUUUUUCUGCAGUUUGCUGUUCUUUCUUACCAUGAACAGGAAGUAUUAGAUUACAAGUCAAGUAACUGUGGUUUGUUGUUCCUUCCAUAAUUUGCCUCUUUAUUUUAAAUUAUUUUAAUUCGGAAAGUGUUAAUCCCUCUUGAUAGCUACAUGCUUUAUUAGUACUUAAUUAUUCACGCAACACAACUUAUUCAAUCAUGAUCUUUCUUUCUGGUGAGCUGAUAACCAAUUUGGAGCAGUUUUUUUUUUUGUGUAG